AUGCCGCAACCAAGGACCGUGCUGGAUAAGGACAAGGUGGCACAGCACGAGUCGGUGGGGCUGGUCGGUGGCUCUCCUCCUUCUGGUGGACGGGGAAGGCGUAGGCAAAGGAAGAGCGAUGGGGAGGAGGAUGAUGACACCGCCGUGCCCGGGGACCUCACCACGCGGGCGAAGAGGCGCCAGACGACAGGUAGUGCUGACAACGCCGGAGGCGCGGAAGUUGACACACCGCGAGGCGCCAAGGAAGCUAGUGGCAAGGCGGGCGGUCAAGCAUUGCGCCAGAAGGGCCGCCCCGCAGCAAGAAAAGCAUCUGGCGGAAGGAGAGGCAAGAAAGCAGCGACAGGAACGAGGCCGAAACGGGGCGAUGAAGACCCCGGUGAUACGGAGGAGGAGGAGGAUGAGGAGGAGGAUGCGGAGGGAGAGGAGGAUGAAGAGGAAGCGGAGGAGCAAGACGCGGAUGUUGGGGAGGAUGCUAAAGAUGAGAAUGAUGGCGGGGAGGACGAAGAGGAGGAGGAGGAGGAGGAGGAGGAGGAGGAGGAGGAGGAGGAGGAGGAGGAGGGGGAUGAGGAGGAGGAGCAGGGUGACGAGGAGGAGGAGGAGGAGGAGGAGGAGGAGGAGGAGGAGGAGGAGGAGGAGGAGGAGGAGGAGGAGGAGGAGGAGGAGGAGGAGGAGGAGGAGGAGGAGGAGGAGGAGGAGGAGGAGGAGGAGGAGGAUGUGGCGCCAGGGAAGAGACGGGGCGGGCGUGGCGGUCGGGUGAGUGGAACAGGGAAGGAGGGGGGCCGGACUCGCCCUUCCCGAAAACGCGGGGCAGGUGACGCUGUGCGCGGCGAAGCAGCGGGCAAACCGAAGGCGCGUAAGGUGAAGGUCGAAAGUGAAGGGGUUGGUAAAAAGCAAGGGAGCCAGGGUGCAAAAGGGGAUGGAGGAGGAAAGGGUGGCCGCGCCUAA